AGGAGGAAGGCGCUGGCGGGCAGUGAUGGCGGCGGGUGAUGGGGACGUGAAGCUAGGCACCCUAGGGAGUGGCAGCGAGAGCAGCAGCGACGGCAGCAGCGAGAGCCCAGGCGGCGCGGGAGAGGCAGCAGAAGGGGGCGGUUGGGCGACAGCGGCGUUGGCGCUUCUGACGGGCGGGGAGAUGCUGCUGAACGUGGCGCUGGUGGCGCUAGUGCUGCUGGGGGCCUACCGGCUGUGGGUGCGCUGGGGGCGGCGGGGUCUGGGCGCCGGAGCCGGGGCAGGCGAGGAGAGCCCAGCCGCUUCUCUGCCUCGUAUGAAGAAGCGGGACUUCAGCUUGGAGCAGCUGCGCCAGUAUGACGGGUCCCGCACGCCGCGCAUCCUACUCGCGGUCAAUGGGAAAGUCUUCGACGUGACCAAAGGCAGCAAGUUCUACGGCCCGGCGGGUCCAUAUGGAAUAUUUGCUGGUAGGGAUGCCUCCAGAGGACUGGCGACAUUUUGCCUAGAUAAAGAUGCACUUAAAGAUGAAUAUGAUGAUCUCUCAGAUUUGAAUGCCGUACAAAUGGAGAGUGUUCGAGAAUGGGAAAUGCAAUUUAAAGAAAAAUAUGAUUAUGUAGGCAGACUCCUAAAACCAGGGGAAGAACCGUCAGAAUAUACAGAUGAAGAAGAUACCAAGGAUCACAAUAAACAGGAUUGAACUUUGUAAACAACCAAAGUCAGGGGCCUUCAGAACUGCAAUUCUUAACUCCCUUUCACAGAAUGUCCAGCGUCUUUGGGUUUGGUUCACCUGCUGCAAAAAACAUUCAACAGAUUGUUUGUACAAGCUAAAUGAGUCUCACUAUGAAGAUUUGAAUACUAGACAUUAUUUAUGCUGCCAAAUUCUUUUGUUGCAGUUGUUUGUAAUGUCUGGUGGGGCUUCUUCAUCCUGAAAAGGAGACAGGGAUCUUUUAAAGAGCAAGAAAGUCACAAUAUUACUUUUUCCUUUUUUUUCUUUCUUUUUUUUUUUUCCUUAAAUCAAAGACAACCUGAUAUGUAUUUGCUACCUAACUGUACAAAUUUCCUCAAAAAACAACAAGUGAUUCCUGUUUCAUGUGCUGUGUUUUUAACAGUGAGGGAGAGAGGAGACCUGGGGAGGAGAGGUGAGGGUGCACAUUAAUUUGAGUAGUUAAGGCUACCGAAACAUUAAAAUAUGAAUUCCCAAACUUUUCUUUUGGGGUUUUGUCAGGGAAAAGAAAAAACUUUAUUUCUAAGAAAUCUUUGGAAAUUAGAAGAAGUGGAUUUAAGUCAAAGCUAAUUUCCCAAAAGUAAGUCGUUUGAAACUAGUUUUCAUCCCUUUCCUUCCCCUAGAUCAAAUUAAUAUUAAUUGUGCCUUAUUUCACUUACAUAGACUUGAAUUAUUUUUAGGGAAAAGCCCUUAUGUGAAUUCAGAAGUCACUACAAGCAGCAUUGAGACUGAAGUUGGAAUAUUCUGUUGACUGCAAAACCUUGAUAUCAUUCUGUGUGUAUAGAAUGUAAAAGGAAUACUCAGUGUUACUGCCGUAUAUGUUAAUAUACACAAACUUAAUUAGCAUUGUUAAUGGCCAAAUGGAUUCUCCCAUGCUUCUCUCUUUUCAAAAAAAAAAAAAAAAUUGAGAAACAAAUCAACAACUCUGUCCCCCAACAGCUGCCUAAUUUAAGGAGUCUGACUCUCACAUCUCACUGGUGUGGGUGCAUGGGGCUGUAGUGUGGAUGUCGUAUGGGUGUGUCAGAGAGUGUGUGAGAGUGCCUUGGAAGGGACUCUGCAGAUACUGUAAAUACCCAUACCAUUUUAAUAAAGCAUGUACCGUAAACCAAAA